AUGUGUCACGACCCUGCUUGCUUCUCUGACCUGCCAAAGAUAGAUAUAAGACCCACCCCAAUCCUCGCACCCUCUCUUUCCACCCCUUCGUCCGUCACUUCGCCACCCUCAGCUUCUCCCAUUGCUACGAUCACCUCGAAUUAUCUCAACAAGCUCAACGACACCCUUGACGAGCUUCAUCGUAACAGCACUUCGUUCACCAUCAUGCCUUUGCAGGCCGACGAUACUGCUUCGUUCAAGCUCGAGAACCCUCUUCGGACUUGGGGCGAUUCGGACAAUGUUUGCUUCAUUUUUCGUUUGGUGUUAUGCUCUCCUGCCAUCUGCGCCUGGCUCCUCAUCACAAAACCCGAGGAAAAAUUUCAAAGGUGA